AUGUCUGAAAUCAGAUUUAGCAAUCUCACUUGGGAUCAAGUUAUAAUACUGGAUCAAGUGUUAGAUGAAGUAAUUCCAAUUCAUGGAAGGGGAAAUUUCCCCACAUUGGAGGUAAAACCAAAAGAUAUCAUUCAUGUUGUGAAAGACCAAUUGAUAGAGCAAGGAAUUAUUGUUAAAGAUUCCCGAUUGAAUGGUUCCACAGCAAGUUAUAUACUCGCAAGCCACAGUGGAAUCAGCUAUAAGGAUCUUGAUGUUAUUUUUGGUGUUGAAUUACCAAGUGAUCAGGAAUUUCAAGUUGUUAAGGAUGCAGUUCUAGGUUGUCUACUGGACUUUUUACCAAAAGGUGUGAAAAAGGAAAAGAUCACCCUAAAGACCAUGAAAGAGGCUUAUGUGCAGAAGAUGGUCAAAGUUUGCAAUAUGCAUGAUCGUUGGAGUCUCAUUUCUCUUUCAAACAACACUGGAAAAAAUGUAGAGCUAAAAUUUGUGAAUUCACUCAGACGACAAUUUGAAUUUAGUGUUGAUUCCUUUCAAAUUGUUUUGGAUCCCAUGUUAGAAUUUUACAGUGACAAAAAUGCUAGGCUAACCAAAGAAUAUUAUCCUGUUGUGAUAGCUGAAAGCAUGUAUGGAGACUUCCAAGAAGCAAUGACACAUUUGCAAUACAAGCUUAUAUCUACUAGAAAACCUGAAGAGAUUAGAGGUGGUGGCCUUCUGAAGUACAGCAACUUGCUGGUUCGUGAUUUUAAACCAGCUUGUGAAGCAGAAAUCAAGACACUGGAACGUUACAUGUGUUCUAGAUUCUUCAUUGAUUUUCCUGAUGUAGUAGAACAGCAAAAGAAGAUUGAAUCGUACCUCCGUAACCAUUUCAUAGGUGAAGAAAAUAGCAAAUAUGACUACCUUAUGACCUUGCGUGGAGUUGUGAAUGAAAGCACUGUUUGCCUUAUGGGUCAUGAAAGAAGGCAGACACUCAAUAUGAUCACCCUUAUGGCUUUAAAAGUACUUGGAGAACAGAAUAUUUUACCCAAUACAGACAAUGUAACUUGCUUUUAUCAGCCUGCUCCAUACUUUGCUGCUGAGGGAGGGUAUCCUAAUUAUUAUGUAACAUCUGGACCACCACCGAUUUUUUUCCAACCAUACCAACCACUGCACUUUCAUGUGCCAAAUGGUAUGGUCUAA